AUGGAGAGUUCGUCGGAAUUGGUGCCAUUUCCAAAACUGAUUGAAUCCAAUUAUAGAGCAUGCACUAUUCCUUACAGAAGAAAGCAAAAGGUACAACACGUAACAUAUAGCAAAAGAUCUCCAACCUUCAGCUUCUUCAAAGAGGGUGUUAUACUUGAUGAUAGUGUUGGACCGAUGGAACCUAUUAAGAGUGACUUGAUUAUUUUUGCUCCUGGUUUCAAGGGCGAUCAAAAGCUUAAAGAUGUCUUUGAAUCUCCUAUAUUUCAAGAUUAUAUUUUUGGCACCUCCAAUAAGACAGUUCCAUUGUACAGGGAAUGUAUCCAUCCACGGAUUCCACAAGUAGCAGUGAUUGGAUAUUCAGAGAGCAUUGCAAACUUGUACACUUCAGAGUUAAGGUGUCGUUGGUUAUUUGAAUUAAUUGAUGGGAAAUUUGAAUUGCCAAACAUUCAAAAAAUGGAGAAAGAUAUCAUGGAAUGGGACAAAUUCAUGAAGAGGUACUCUGGCAAGUACUACAGGGGAUCUUGUAUUGCAGCAUUGCACAUUUCCUACAAUGAUCAGCUUUGCAAGGACAUGGGCUGGAACCUUAAGAGAAAGAACGGAUUAUGGGCUGAGUUGUUCGAACCCUAUGGUCCAAUGGACUAUGCUGAACAUUGAUCAUGUUGUCAUAGUUACAAGGCACAUGACUAUUUUUGCUUAUAUAUUUGCUUCUCAUCAUUAUAAUUUAUAAUGAACUAGCAAUAUAUAAGUGUAAUAAUGAUGUUAGUUAUCAACUUGUGAUAUUCUACUAACCAAGGAUGUCUUGGCCUAGUGGUUAAGAUUGAGGUGCUGUGAACGAUAGGUCACAGGUUCGAAUCCCCCCUCCCCUUCUUUGUACUUUGUACCGCCUUCGUGGCUCAUAUGGAUCAAAAAAAAAACUUGUGAUAUUCUACUCGUUGGUUGUGGGCCUUGUGGUCCCCUAAAAUAUAUUGUACUACUUAUGUUGAGAUA